UAAAAGUUUGCUUAGCAUAUCCCCUUUCCUCCCAUUUCUCUCUUUUUAUUUUUAUUUUUUACUUUUAUUUAUCCCGUUUUUAAUAAGACUUCUAAAUCCAAACCAUGGUCUUAAACAAAUGAAGCAGCCUUUGAGCAGAAAGUGCCUCUCCGUCUUAACGAAUUCCCGUCUUCCCCGCCAAAACAAACGGUCAAAUUUUCAUACCCAACUCCAAGCCCAUUUCAUUGAAAAGCUUCGUAAUUGCAAUCACGUCAUUUGUGCGACGUCAGCGCACUGCUAUUUACUGAAAUCGGGGCUUUUGCAUGACACUUUCACCAUCAAUCAUCUCAUCAAUUGUUACGUAAGACUCCCCAAAACCAGCCAUGCGCAGCAACUAUUCGAUGAAAUGCCUGAACCCAACGUGGUCUCGUGGACUUCGCUCAUGGCUGGCUACAUUGACACGGGUCGACCCGAUUUCGCUCUUUGGUUAUAUAGAAAAAUGCUUGAGAGUUCAGUCGCCCCAAAUGAUUUCACUUUUGCAACAGUGAUUAAUGCGUGUUCAAUGCUUGCAAACCUUGAAACUGGAAAGCAAAUCCAUACCCAUAUUGAGAUCUUUGGGUUUCAAGGCAAUCUCGUGGUGUAUUCUUCAUUGGUUGAUAUGUAUGGGAAAUGCAAUGAUGUUGACGGAGCCAGGCGGGUCUUUGAUAUUAUGGAUUACAAGAAUGUUGUUUCUUGGACUUCAAUGAUCUCAGCAUAUGCACAGAAUGCAAGAGGACACGAUGCACUUGAAGUUUUUAAAGAAUUCAGUUGCUCGAUGCAAGAAAGACCUAACCAUUUUAUGUUGGGAAGUGUGAUCAGUGCUUGUGCAAGCUUGGGGAAGCUAGUUUCAGGGAAAGUUACGCAUGGGGCAGUGAUCCGUAGUGGUCAUGAAUUAAGCGAUGUGGUUGCAAGCGCUCUUGUGGACAUGUAUGCAAAAUGUGGAUGUUUUAGUUACUCUGACAAGGUUUUCAGGAGAAUUCAAGAUCCUUCGGUCAUUCCAUAUACAUCAAUGAUUGUGGGUGCAGCAAAGUAUGGACUUGGAAAACUCUCACUCCAACUCUUCAAAGAGAUGAUUGAUAGAAGAAUAAAACCAAAUGAUGUCACUUUUGUGGGGCUUUUGCAUGCAUGUAGCCACUCAGGACUUGUGGAUGAAGGGCUAGAACACCUGAAUUCCAUGCAUGAGAAACAUGGACUAGUGCCCGAUGCCAAACACUACACUUGUGUUGUUGACAUGCUCAGUCGAGUAGGCCGUAUAGAUGAGGCUUACCGGUUAGCAAAAUCUACUAGGGUGGACCAUCAUGAAGGCGCUCUCCUGUGGGGCACGCUUUUGUCAGCUAGUAGGCUUCAUGGACGAGUAGAUAUAGCUGUUGAAGCCAGUAAGUGGCUAAUUGAAUGUAAUCAGCAAGUAGCAGGCGCAUAUGUCACGUUAUCAAACACGUAUGCAUUAGCAGGGGAAUGGGAGAAUGCUCAUAGCCUUCGGACUGAAAUGAAGCGAACUGGGGUUCACAAGGAACCUGGGUGCAGCUGGGUUGAGAUUAAGGAUUCAACUUAUGUGUUCUAUGCUGGCGACUUAUCAUGUGAAAGGGGGAACGAAGUCCUUUGUUUGCUCAAGGAGUUGGAAAGGAGAAUGAAGGAGAGGGGUUACGUCGGGGGGAGCAUGGGAUUGGUGUUUGUUGAUGUUGAACCAGAGGUCAGAGAGGAAAUUGUGGGUCUGCACAGUGAGAGAUUGGCCUUGGCCUUUGGGCUAAUGACCAUACCUAAAGGAAUCACCAUUAGAGUGAUGAAGAACUUGAGAAUGUGCAAGGACUGUCAUGAUGCUUUUAAGCUGAUUAGUGAGAUUGUCGAGAGAGAUUUUGUUGUGAGAGAUAUUAAUAGAUUUCAUCAUUUCAUGGAUGGAUCAUGCUCUUGCAGGGAUUUUUGGUAAGGAUUAUUGGUUUAAAUUACUUGUGCGCUCAGUUGGAAAUGUUGUGAAACAAUUAGUUUUGAUGAUCUGGAUGAUUGUAGAAUAAAUAAGAUUAACUCC